AUGCUUCUGCGAUAUCUCUGUGUACCGCUUGCUGCACUGCAGGAAACACGCAUGAGAGAUCGGCCCGUCACCAGCAUCGAAGAUUACACUAUAUGCUGCGGUGAUGCUGAUGAGAAGAAUGUAGGCAGCUGCGCGACAGCUGUGAGGAACGAUUACAACAAACUUGUGGAGGACUUUAGCCCAACGUCGUCUAGAUGCGCCCUUGCACAACUCCGGAAUCCCAGAGGACGUAAUCUCUGGAUCGUAUUUCCCCACGCACCGACGCAAACUGCCGUUGAAAACACUAAGGAUGCUUUCUAUAUUGAAAUCAAUGCGUUGGUGUCUGAAAUAUCCAACCAACCUCUACCAAACCAGCUACAAUGGAUGAACUUGCGGGUCGGGCAACUUUCACUUUUCUUUGUUGAAACUGCCUUCCAUUGUUGUUUGUUUAUUUCAUUCAACAGAUUUGUUGCUAUCACGUACCCACUACAGUAUCGAAAAAUGUUCACUGGCCGAACGACUUUGAGCAUAAUCAUUUUCAUAUCGCUUGUUAGCGCUCUCUACUGGAGCAUCUACUUUAAACAUGGUUGCGAUUUUUUCUUUGACCAUCAGUAUCGUGUCUGGGCAUUUGGACUUGAGUCUUGCAGUGUAUGGCUGUCAUUCUAUAUCGAUAUGAGCUACAAUGUCUGCUUGUUUCUUGUUGUUGGUUUUAUCGACAUUGUGACGCUGCUUCAGCUUCGAUCUUUGGCCAAGAAUAUACAAUCACGUCGAUUGAAUAUCAGUAGCAAUCAAAACAAAGGUAUGCCGCGACGACAAAAAAAGGAGCUAGUCUUCUUUCUACAGGCAUUCACAAAUUCCUGCAUUUAUGCAUUCAUGCUGAUCUGUUUUCAUUUAUUAUCUCGUGUUGUUACUACAAAUUUUGAGUUGUUUCUCUGUACUACUUUUAUAUGGGGUUUUUCACAUGCUACAGGAGGAGUCAUCCUUGUAGUCUUCAAUCCGGAAAUCCGACGCAAUCUUCUUGCACUUCGAAACAUCACAAACUCUCUUCACGAUCCUGCGACGGUCACCAGCGUUAGACCAUAUCCAGCAACAGUAGCUACCAGGACUAAGUGCUAG